AUGCCGAAAAAUUUGAAAAUUACCAUAACAUUUGAAAAUUACCAUAUUGUCAAAGGAUUGCGAGUUCAAAAUGGUGAGCUGUACAUAAAUGAUCAAAGACUGGAAACCGCUCCACCUAGAGCUGUCAUGAACAACUUCAUUAAUUUUCUACGACCAGGUCCUGUAACUUUGAUUGCUCACAAUGGGAAUCGAUUCGACUUUCUGAUGCUGCUUGCAGAAGUAUCUCAACUGGGUUUGAUGCAGGAAUUUCGCGCGGUUGUGUGUGGCUUGAUGGAUACCCUUCCAUUUCUAAAGAAGAAACUACCAGAAAGGCUUAAAACCAAACAGUCAUUCAGUCAAUCGAUACUUGCUAAAGACUUGGUAGGAGCUGAUGCAGCUGUCGGGGCCCACAAUGCUAUCGCUGACGUGAGAAUGCUGGAAAUGGUCCUACAGAAUAUCGGAGUUACUGCUAGUGAACUUAACACUCAUUGUCAGGCUGUUACUCUUCAAUCUAAAAUAACCGCGGACAGCGAAACAGCUAGAACUAAAUUGAAUCGAUGUACGCUCGAUUGCUUAAAGGGAAAUGUUUCUACUGGCAUGUUGACUAAGAUGGCCCGGGCUAAUAUCACAUUGAGCAAAUUAAAGAAUAUUUUUGCUGAUGGUGCAGAAGGCGGCAUUAAAAUGCUUCUGGGAAUUGAUGUUAACGGUCGUCCGAGGGUCACCAAAAAUCAAAAAAUUACACAAGCAGUAGUUAAUGCACUGAAAUCAUCUACGUAA